GGAAAUCUUUCGCGAUCAAUCCAACCAUUGUAUUUCGCCAACAUGAUUGCGGCAUCACUGUGGGCGUAUGUUUUCCUGAGCACUGCCUGCGUCUCGGCUUAUGACGUGGACCACAAACGUAGUGCUGUAACUGAUGCAGAAGCUUCAGUAUGCGGUACUCACAUUGACCUUGAAUCUUCCUCCGCUUCCGAAGCGUACGCAAGACGGGGUAAUGCGAAGCAAGUCAUUCGGUCUAGACAAGCAGAUAACUCAUCUGUGCUACUACCUGUCGACGUUUACAUGCAAGUGCUGAGUACCGAUGGAACAGAGCUAGGCGGCGACAUCAGCGAUGCAACGAUCGAUGCACAAAUGCAGAUCUUGGACGAUGCUUUUCGACCGGUCGGAUUCAAAUUCAAUCUUGUUGACACAGUUCGCACGAUUAAUGAGGAAUGGUAUUACAACCUCAAGAUCGCUACUACAUACGAAGACGAGGUAUCGUUGGCGCUUCGAAAAGGUGGCAACGCUACUUUGAAUAUAUACACUAUGGGAGGACUUAAUACCACAACCUUGGCGUGGGCCACCGUAGCCUCCCAGCUGCAAUACCGUGCAGCUUAUGACGGUGUAUUUUUGAACGGCACAGGAUUUCUUGGAGGUAGCGACCCGACAUUCACUAAGGGCAUCACGCUUGUUCACGAAGUUGGCCACUGGUUUGGGCUGUAUCAUAACUUUGCUAGCGGCUGCCGACAAAGUUACGACUACGUUGAUGACACUCCAAUCGAAGACCAGCCAAACGGUUUUGGGGGUUGCCCAAUUGGGAGGGAUUCGUGCCCCGAUCAACCCGGUUUGGAUCUCAUCCACAACUAUAUGUCGUACUUCGAUGAUGACUGCCGCAACUCUUGGACUCCAGGUCAGAUCCAGAGGAUGCGAGAGCAGAUGGCGAAGUUUCGCGAUAUCGUUUACCCUGGUAUUGAUGUAAAUGAUAUACCAGAGGACUCGUUGUGAGGAUUCGCUCAAGGAUUCGACCAGGUCCUGCACCAAUCGCAUUUGGCUCUCUGUUUUUCGUCAGAGAUCGCUGCCUCAUGGGCUGUGCAUACGAUAACACUUCAGCGUUGGUAAUCCAACAACAAUGAUGGAUUAAUGCUCGAAGUUCAGCUGUGCGAG